GAUUUGUCUUUUUUUCAGCUUCUGCUGCAAACAAAUGUCUUUCAAAACUAGAACAAGUUUAAAAGACUUAUUUUUGUAGCUGAAGUGGGACAUGGGUUGUGAGGGGUGGCUGCUGGUGUCUCCACUCUAAGUGUUUGGUCUGUUCACCAUGGAAAACACUGACUACACCCAGCUUGUCCACAACCCUUGUUAAUAUUACACCAAGAGCGCAUUUACUCGGUCUUUCCUGCACUAAAAAUCUUGAGAUGAAGAGCCUCGAACUUAAGUCACACUCUAGAUAAUAAGCUUUGAUCGGAGAUACAGAUAGAGGGCUUUUUAGAACAUGCACACCCACAGAAGCACAUACACACUCCACUGAGCUCUGAUUUGUGGAAUUGAUAGGGUCCAUUGUUUCCACAGAGCUUGCCACUAUAUGCCCUGUAAUGUAAUUAAGGCCAGGAGAUUUAUGCUGCUGUAUAGCAGCCCAGAACCUGAUCCAUGUUGUGUCUGGAGUCGGGCUGAAAAGCCCUCUCUCUGUCCAGCUGCUCCUGAUUUCUGUUCUGGCCUCUGUCACUGUUCGGGGCUCCAGUGCUGUUCACUUCUUAAUUGAAAGCUUGGGUUUAUUGUGUGCCUCGUUUGUGUGUUGCAUCUAGAGGGAACACACAUUUGUAGCAAACUCAGAAGGGAAUAUUGUCUUGUGUGCUUUUUUGCUUGCCAAGGAAACGAUAUGCAUGAGAGAGUUGCACCAGUUUAUCAGGAUGGUAAUUAUUAACAGCCGUAAGCUAUUCAAAUAGAGUGCAUUUUUUAGUCUCACACAGAGAGGCAUUGCUCAGUUCCUCUUUUCUUAAAUCAGGCCACUACAAAGCGUGAAGGUAUAUUAUUGGACUUUUGUUCUGCCGAAAUAGCAGUGUUUUCUUGUUACUUCAGUGAUGAAAUGUUAAAUAUUUUACUAAGACAACGAGUAAACUGAAAGACUAGAACUCAUUGGACAUGUCUGCUGUUGAGAGAAGAGGAGCUCAAGAGCCACACUGGAAAAACAGACUUUCCAGAAAUCAGGAUUUCAAGCUUCCCUGGAGGCUUCUGGCUCGGCCCAGGCAUCACGUCAGCAUGAGCACCUGGCUGCCUGAUGGCUCCUGUUCUGCACACCACGCUGACAGGAGUCCCAUUUAUGUGUCUUUUGUCAGCAAAGCCAUCUUGUGGGAUAGAGGACUCUACCACUACACUGCCCAUGAUCGUCCAAAUCAUCGUCCCUUAUUGUGUCCACGGUUCUUGUCUCACAUGAAAGCUCGUCCUGAGGACCUCAGACCUCCUUGUUUCCUGAGCUCCAAGUCCAGGCCACAGCCUCCAUCUCAGGGGAAGACACCGAAAACGCACACUCUCACUGCCCCAAAGACACAAACGUCAGAGGGUUACUUCUAUCUCAAUCAAGACAGAAGAAGAAAUGGUGUGCAGAUCGCAGGAAGGCACUCUGCUGCUGUUGUUCCCUGUAUUCCACUCCCUGCCACUCCACCAUCAUCCACCAUUAAUCCAACACCUCCCUACCAAAACACCCCUCAGCCUGACUGUGAGAGACAACAAAGCAAGCCGAACACUGUGCCAGCAUCUCUCUCCUACCCUAAUCUUGCUCCAGAGGAAAAAGAUGAAGGUCAGGAGAGGGAGAGAGUAAAACAACCUGCUGUGGUGUUGGUCACAGAGUCGGACUGGAAGAUGCAUCUUGGUCCUGCUGGACCAGAACGCUCACCGCCACCAGCCUCCACGAUCUCACACGGGUCUCUUUCAGAUCUAAGUCGCCCACCGUCCAGUCUGUUCAGCCGCAGCACUGACCUCGCCAGUGGCAGGAGCAGUGUCCUGUCUGGUGCAGAAAUGAGGGACUCUGACCCAGAAGGCAUCAGUUGUUUCUCGCCACUCCAGCCUUGUCCAGUGAUGAAGUCACCUUUUGCUUCUUAUCCUUCAGCUGGAUCCAACCCUCGCCAAUCAUCCACAAAUGCUACGGCCACCCCUCCACUCUAUGAACCGAUAUUUGGCCAAACCAAACCCCUCUCACCUCGUCCAAAGUCAAUUGUCCUUCAUAAGUCAGUUAAACCUUUGAGCAGGCGUGAAAGCACAAAAACAGAGAAUCUCCACGAAGAUGCAUCUAUAGAUCCUGAUCUCCACCCAUCCUUGGACUCUGAUCAUGGCCUCAUUACCCUGGCUUUCCCCUCCACUACUUGGUCUUCCUGCCCGAGUCCACAGAUGACCACUCCCAGCUCAGGGUCAGGACCAAGGCUGACCCCUUCUGCAUCAGUGGCUCGGCUUGAGUCUCAUCGCUGGCCUGUCCUGCCUCCUAUCUCACCUGUCAGAGGACGCUGUGGCUCAGUAGCAUCACGCUACUCAGAGCUCAGCUGCAGUCGGUCUCAUGUGUUUGAUGAACUGGAGGCCAUCGCUCCUCGGUCCAUGUCUUGUACGUCUCUGGACCAGCCAUCAGACUCAUCCGGUUGCCCUUCACCCAACACAGAGCUGUCUCCGGGCCUGGCAGCGCUGACGGUGGGCUGUGACUCCGGGAAUCUGGGCUCCCUGUCCCGGGUCCAGCUGCUCCUCCUGGACCGACCGGAGCCCGAGACCCUGCUGAGUCCCUUCAGUCAGGAAGAGGAGCUCUCACCGGUGCAGGACUGGUCCGUUCUCAGGAUGCAGUAUGAUCCAGGAUUGACUUCAGCAGGUGGUUUGAGGCCCUUCACAGCUGGCAGCAUCUCUGAAAGGUGUGACUCUGCAGGGAAAGUCCAGGAAAACAAAUCGGAUCAGUCUGAAGGAUGUUCUGGGUCACCAUCUUCAUGGAUCAUAGACCUGAGUCCAUCAUGCAACAUGUUCAGAUCCACCAAUUCUCCCUGCGAGUCCAAUCACGAUAAAGGAGGCCCCACAGAGGAGGAGGACAUUUAUCCGGGAUGGAGGGAAGUCGAGUCCUCAGCAGGAGGAAGGAGACCCGGGAGUCUUGACCAAAAACUUGAAGAGAAGGACAGAAGGAUGGAGGAGAGGAAAACAAAGGUGCUGAACAUACUUUCCAAACUGCAGGAUGCCACACCUCGUCAGCCAAAAAGCAACAAAGGGCACUCCAACUUUGAGGACUUCGACUUUUUGGCAAAGUUUUGCAUUUUCAGUCAGGAGAAGCUGGCUGAGUACAAAAGAGCUUUUGAAACAGAGGACGAUGAUGGUGACGGCUACAUCUCCUGCCUUCAGGUUCUACUUGCUCUUAAAAACAUUAUCCCUCCAGAGCUGCUGUCUGACGAAGAAGAGAUCUACGUGUACAGGAUCCUGGAGAUGGUGGACUUCAGAGUGACAGAUGGGCUUGUGGAUCUGAGGCUCUUUGCUGUGAUUGCUAGUCUGGCACAGAAAAUAGCCACCAUGGAUGAGUUUAUGCGAUCACUAAUCACCAACAUGGACUUCCGCUCGUUAGAAGUGAGGCUCUUCAAAGCAAAGCAACUGUUCCUGUUCCUCAUGGAGGAGCAACGAGGAGACGCUGGAGCUCAGCGGGGCUUCAUCAGUGCAGAGCAGCUUCUGUUGGAGCUGAAGGCUGGGGGAAUCCAUCUGGAGCAGGAGGCGGCCAUCAGACUGGAGCUGCAGCACAUUCCCCCCCUGGACCUGCUGGACUUCCUGGCCUACCUGCCCCUCUUCAUACUCAUUCACAAGUCGGUCAUCUCCAACCCUCUCGAUGACUCCAGCCACCUCUGACCUCAGUCACUGCACCGUCUGCCCUUUGUGGCUCAGGUAUCAGCAUUAAUGCCACUGCAAUUAUCAGUACUGUAGUCUUGUGUGAAAAGAUGACAUGCAAGAAACAGAGACACUUAAAUUCAAGGGAGCGAAUUAGGCACUGUAGUCAUUUUUCAUCCUACAAGGAAAGUUAUCAAUUCUUUAUGAUCUUUAAUUUAAAGUAAUGAAAUUUCACGAAAUGUUUUAAUUCAUUCCAAUAGGAUCACCAUGAUCAGCACUGCCUUCCCGUCAUAUCAUUUAAACCGUAAUUACGAGCAGCAGAGGAGAAAACAACAAUCACAUCAGCCUCUCAUGGUCGGAGAUUUGGGGAUUGGAAAAAUGGCUGCAAAUGCACCAGCGGUAGUAAAAUAAAAUUAAAGGCAAAAUGAGUAGGAUUUGUUGGUUGCGGUUUUUAAGGACAACAUUCAAAGUUGGCCCCUUCUCCUGGCUGAACGAAAGCCAACCCCAGAUUCACUCUCGUUUUGGGUUUGUUCACUUUGCGUUUUGCCUCUCGCUAUAUUUGCAUUUUUUGGCGCAAUGUCCACCAUUUUCGUCUCUUCCUCUUGGAUGCGUGCUGAUGAUCUGGUCCCCAGUCGCUACCUUUUUAUAGAGGUUGAUGACCAGAAAUGUCCCGAACACAGUAAAAUAAGACGAAAAGAGAAAAUUCAGGCAGAGUGCAGGGUCUCUGUACAUAGGUCAUACAUAGCUUUUUGGGGAAAAAUCCACUAUCUGUGGCUUUAAACACGAAUACAAUCGACUCAGCUAUAAAAGGAGCUCUCACGAAUGCGUAACGCAACAAAAGAAGCUCAUUAAGGCUGUUUAUCUAGUAUCUACAAGUCUAGCAACGGGGCUAAAUGCCUUGGAAUAAUGGGUAAACACUCCCAAAUUGUAAUAAAAGAUGUUUUUUUCUUUUCAUUCUGUCGACAUUGCGUAAAUGCAGCAUGAAUCUGCGCGACUCGCCAAAUUCUUCUUAAAGUAAUAAUCUCAAAGAUUUUUGUUUAAAUAAAUGUCUGCUCAGCCACCAUUUGCCGCCGAAUGAGAUAACACAAUGGUGACUGAGCCUAUGGCCCACUGAUGAAAGCUGUUGUAUUUGCAAUAUUACAAACUGGGUGUCUGUGGAGACAUUCCUGGGAAAAAUCACUAGUGGCGCACAUUUAGUGAAGCGUUGUCCAUCACCCAGCUGUAGUUAGUCCACCAGAGAGGGUAGGGGGAGCUAACGCAAAAU